AUGCCUCAAUCAGCUGUUCAAAGUCCAUCAGCGAAUAAUACUGGAAUUGGCACAGAGACUCCGUCUUCAGCCACAAGCACACCACCGGAGAGCCAAUUUACCAGCUCAGUAUCCCCAUCAAAGCCCUCUCAGAAAAGCAGACAGCAACAACGAAAACGAACCCAAGGCCUGGACUAUGGAUCUUUAGAAGCUCUCUUCACUCAAGAACAGACAAAACCGUCCACCGAUACGUCCAGCGCCCCGCCGUCUUCGCCGUGGUACAUUCUGACCACGGCCAACCUCCUAGCAUUCCACAAGGAGAAACUCAUCGGCGAGCUAUGGACAUAUCUGGCCACCUCUCUUCAUCAGAACCGCCAUCUUCCCAAAGUCGACGAAGCCAAUGACGACGACGUUAUGGAAGAAGAAAAGAGAUUACUACUACUCACAGCAAGACGAAUCCGAGAAGCCUGUCUCAAAGCCAGCACGCUCGUCGGAUUUCCUCGAGCAAUCAACGCUCUCUUCUCCCUCACCUCCGCCAUCGAACGCACCCACCCAUCCCUCUCGGCCAUCUUGUCCAGCGACACGUCUCUCCGCGCGCAUGUCGGUCCCAGCGAGAAAUACACUCGAGGCAUGUCCUUCUUCUCGCAGAUCUACAAACAGCACACGGCGCGUGUGCUGGCCGCCAUGGAUGCCACUUCGGGCGGCGAUCUGACCCAUUUCGCCAUCAACUGCAUCUACGGCGAACUGCUGAGCGAGACCAGUCUCCUCGACGGCCUGGAGACGGGGCUGUUGGAGUUUGUGUGUUGCCUGGCGGACGGGUGUGGACCACAGGCCAAGGGGUGA